AUGUCGAACAGCAUCGAAUUCUAUUUCACAAAUCAUUGUGUAGUCCCCUUAACGCCAGAACCAUUAUUCGAGAUGGAUAGCAACGCUUUCAGUGUCGUCAACCCACUGGCUGCGAAAGGCUGGGAGCAAAAAUUUGAAAGCUUUCGAGACCACAGAAAUUUUCCGCUGUUUCAAAAUGAAAGUGGCGAGCUCUGUCAAGAUACGACGCCAAUUUCUGAGAACCGGGAAGGCAAUAACAGUUCGCCAAAAACGCCAACAUGUGCAGUAUUACAUCCACAACGGCAUCCUUCCAAAGCGCAUUCUUAUUCCAUUCCUUUACAUCCAGCGCCUAACAUGACGCAAGGUUAUGGUCCAGAUUCAACACUUGGGGUAGAUUACACCCAGAUGGGUAUAGACCAGGGCCGAGGAAGUUUUACAGCGUUCCAAAAUUGCAGGACCUCGACACCAUUAUCAAUGGGACACGGAUCUUUCUCCGGCAAUAUUUCAACCACCGAUCGUUUCAGCAAUGACAACACAACUCCAAGUAUAGACUAUGAUGAUGUCCACAAGUCCAAUACAGACAGACUCGAUACAUACGAGUCUCUUGCUUCAGGGUCUGUUACGCACGACGGCAUAUUGGGUGAUUGGUGGUCGAUUGAGAAUGGCAAUGUUAUGAAUAAAAUCAAUGAUCAUUUGAAUGGCAUGGUAGCAUCGUACAUUCCAAUCUUUCCUCAUGGCCUUCCUCGACCACAAGAUGAUGAGCUAGAGAAUUUUGAGGAGACUUGGAAUGAUGGGUGGGUAAAGGAGAGUGAAUGGCCGCCAGCUCCUUUCAUUCCGAGUACGAUCAAACCUAGAGCGUUGAACCUUAGUGCAUCUUUUACUUCCACUGCCUCUACCACCACCAGGGCAUCGAGCCAAGCCUCGGCAUUUUCACCAGAGUCCACUGUUGUUACAAGUACUUCGGACUAUACCGCAAGUCCUUCAGCUGAAGGGUUAACUGAAGACCACAUCCCUCAAUCACGCUCUCGACACAUGCUCCCAAGUUCGAGACCGGCCAGAAACGAUGAUAUAAUCUCCAAGAGGUUCGAUGAAGAUGAAACAGCCACAGACAGGCCGGUGGAAAAUCGGCACCCAAGUGCUAGCACUCCCAUUAGUGCAAUUCGCAAUACUCGAAGUCAUAGAAUUAUUAAAAAUGACUUUGAAAUCAAGCAUUCCAAUGUACCACUUACGCCGAAAAAUGAUCUUCUUGAUGGUAAACCUUCGUCAACUAUCGGGAACACGCCACUUCUUACUAGAUUUGAACAAAACGACUUUUUGAUUCGCUCAAGACAAGCGGGUAUGUCAUAUAAGGCAAUUCGAUCCAAUGGAAAUUUUGCCGCUGCAGAAUCCACCCUCAGGGGUCGAUUUCGAACGUUAACCAAAGACAAGAAAGAUCGAGUGAGACAGCCGAAAUGGACGGACAAUGAUAUACAAUUGUUGAGCAAGGCCGUGAAAAAGCUUGGGCGCAGUACGAGUAAGGGUUCAGAGCCUCAAUGGAAAAAAGUCGCUCAGUAUAUCUAUGAUAAUGGAGGAUCAUAUCAUUUUGGUUAUGCCACUUGUCGAAAACGGUGGAUUGCGCUUAAGAAUGAUGACAAGAAGGUAUAA